AAAUGUGUUAUUUUUUUCCCAUUCUGCUGUUUUUGUUCAGUGAUGAUUUCUAAUUGUUAGAAAAAGCUAAAUUCCCACUAAUGUUUUCUUAUUCGCCUCCUAAUGAUCCUCUGUCAUUUGUGCUCAUGCUGCUCUAUUGUUGUUCUGAGCUCAACGGCAAAAUGGCCUCUGCCUUUUCUUUUGUAGGAUUUGGCUCUGCUUCUUUCUCUUUUUUUUCUCUCUCCUUCUCAUUUUCAGAUUGUACUAUUGCUACAGCGCCCCGUUGUUCUCGCUGAGGAUGUUGGCUACAAAGGAGGCAGGCAGUGGCGCACUAGUCCCGCCUGUAUCUCCCCCCUGGAGGAGUCUCAGUGUCGGAGCUGCCGACUGGGGAUUGGAGCGGCGACUUGUCAGUAAAUUAGCCCACCCUUCGCUCGGUGUGUGUGUGAGGGGAAGCGGAGCCAGACAGUGACGAUCUGAUCCCUCACUCAUCAGCUGCCUGUCACACCAGCACGCUACUACACCGCCGCGCUGUGCCACCCGGCCAGGAUGGAUGGAGAGAUGCAGCCCGCAGACGAGGGGCCCUGCGCCUCGAAGAUGUGCCGACAGCAGCGGGGUCCGUACAGCACCCUGAAACCCCUCCAGAGCAAGCGUUCGGCGGGCAAGACGCGCUUCGAGCGGUCCGCUGUGGUGGAGCUGCCCCUGUUCGGAGACGGGCAUCAUUUCACUUUUCACCCCGAGCAGCCCCAUCCCUUCCAGCCGCACCAUCACCACCAACAGCGUCUGCAGCACUUCCACCAAACCAGCGUCGCUAUCAGCAGCAGCCAGCAGCAUCACCAGACGCCCCAGCAGCAGCAACAGCAGCAGCAUCGUUUCCCCUGUGAGACCAGGCCCAGCAGCAGGGUCCCGACUUCCACCUCAGCGGCGGCGGCAGCGUCUCUUGGUACCCAGCAGCGGCGCGGCGGCAGCAGCGGCGGAGCGGAGCCCAGAUUCUCCCCGGACUGCACCUACAGCAUCAGCACAGAAAACCGUCUCAUCCUGGAUGCCUUUGCUCAGCAGUGCAGCAGAGUCCUCAGCCUCCUCAACAACGGCCGUCUCCUGGAGCCUCCCUCGUCCUCCUCCUUCCCCUCUAACAUCAAGCUGGAAGACGGGCCACAGGACGCUCAGGGGCUCCACUGCUCCUCACAGGGGAAGUCCAAAGCUGAAGAGAGCUCCUCCAGCACCGACCCCGAGGAGGAGGCCCAACAAAGCCAUCUGAACCAACAACAGACCUCUGCAGUUCUCCGCAUCUUCACAGACUCCCUACAGAACUAUCUGCUCUCAGGGCCUCAGCAGCAGCAGCAGCAACAUCUGACUGUGGGUCUGGAGGACGAGCAGUGUCCGUCAGCGGAGCCCGGCUCGGGGGCGUCUCCUUCCAGACACAACCUGGGAGGGUGGGGAUCCCCGACUCCAUCGGAGUCUUACGGCCACCCGUCGUCCACGCUGCCUGAGGAGGAGGAGGAAGAGGAGAGCUGCUGUCCUCGCUGCCUGGAGCUGGAGCAGGAGGUGUUGUCUCUGCAGCAGGAGAACGAGGAGCUCCGCAACAAGCUGGAGAACGUCCCAGGUGCAGCAAUAACAGCCAGGACUUCACUGGUUCCCUGUCAAAAUGUUCUUGACUACUUCAAGACUGUUCUUGAGUUUCACAACCAGCUGAUGCAACCAAUGCCAGAGGAGCAGCUCACAGAGGAAGAAGAACGGCAAACAGUCUUUGAGGGCAGUAAGCAGCUCCUGGAGAACUAUCCUCUCUUCAUCACCAAUAAGCAGUGGGACGAAGCCGUCAACUCCUCUAAGAAGGACGGCAGGCGGCUGCUGCGCUACUUGAUCCGUUAUGUGUUCACCACAGAUGAGCUGAAGUUCUCCUGUGGUCUGGGGAAAAGGAAGCGUUCAGUUCACUCAGGAGAGCCGGGGCUGGAGAGGCGACCACUCAACCCCGUCAAAGUCAGCUGCCUCAGAGAGUUUAUCCGGAUGCACUGUGCCUCAAAUCCAGACUGGUGGAUGCCCUCGGAGGAGCAGAUCAACAAAGUGUUCAGUGACGCCGUCGGUCACGCCCGUCAGGGCCGAGCGGUCGGCACGUUUCUGGGCAGCAGCGGCAGCAGCACCAGCAGCCUCUACAUGGACGGCUUUGACGGACAUCUGUCGCAGGACGAACUGUAUUUAAAAGGCUGCCAGAACGGCCAGUCGGAUUGAAUUGAAAGGAGACGUUAAAGACAAAUGCUUGAAAUGUAGCCGUACAACAACAUAUCCCAAAACACCGACCUUAUCCUGCCACAGUGACGAAAACAUUCCAGAAGUUUAUCACACAGAAUAUAACUACAGGCCUCUUUUCAAAUAGUUUUGUAGCUCUUUUGUCAUUUUUUAUACAGAAACUUUUGUUUAUUCGAAAUUAGACAUUUAAGGGUUUAAAAUUUAACACAAUUUCAGUCUUCCAUGCUACUUCUUCUAUGGUUUGAUGUUAGGUCACAAUCAGUGGAAUAUUUCUGUUUGGUUUGUUUAGGAUGGAGUCACUUCGACAAGGUUGUUUUGUGUUUACAUUUUUCAUGUGCAUCUUUAGAGGUCUUCAGGAAGUUAUUUGUGUUAAUGACCAAAUUCUCUCCAUUCCUGACGCUGCACCUCUGUCACCCUCAUAGUGGACUGUAGCAUUUAAUAAUUUUGACGAAUGGCGAAGCACCUUUACUUGCAACCUUUCUACAGGAGUGCCUCUGAGAAAGUCAUGUUUCUGUUACCUGUAGUCUUGCACUUUGUGUCCCCAUUUUUAAAGAAAUUAUUCUUAUGUGUCAUUUAGUUUCUUAAAAAGAAAAGUGCAUUUAAAAAGAACGUUGAAAUACUGCUUCCUUUUGAUUGAAAGAAGUUUUGGUCAAUGCUGCACUGCUCCUAACGUUCUUGUUAGAAGAAAUAUUGCAGAACCUUUAUAAAAUUUCGACACUUUCAGCGUUCUACUCGCAACUUUUGAAACUAACAACUCAAUUUGCUCCCUGGCUUAACUUCAACCAAAGUUCUCCUCCUCUUAAAUUCUUAGUCAGAUAAUUAGCUCUGCAGAAGUUCUCACAUCUGCAAAGGCUACAUGACGUCUCCUAAAUCUGUUUGAAUGACUGUGUGGCAGCGAAAACAUGCUGAUGUUUGUUCCACACAGUGAGCGCCUGGUAAUUAAUAAAACAGAGUUCAGGAAACAAAAUAGAAAACUAGAAAAUGCAAAAUAGACUGUUUCUUUUUUAUUUGAAUGUCUCUAUUUUAUUUCCUCUAUAAUUUUAAAUAUUUUUGGAAAAAAACACUUGUUGGAACCCAGCCACAGAAAGAAUUAUCUGUAAUUUACUCCCUUGUUGUUUUGUUCGAUGAAGCCUUUUCAUGUUCAGAUGGAUCAAAUCUUUUGGUUUAAGGCAGCUGCCAUAUAAUAAUGCCUUAAACCUGUUUGGAGACCUCCACAGUUUAGUGUUAAAGCUGUGUGUCAGAAAUCAUUUAAUGUGUGUUGUUUCUGUCUCACACUAAAGUUUAAUGACAAUGACAGAAAGUGUCCACUUCUAAACAAAUACCAGUCGAUCCAAGUGGAAAAAUUUGAGCACUUCUUCUUUUCCGAAGUCCUUAUUUGCACUUUUAAGUGUCUCACUGUAGCUAAAGCAAUCCUACAGUGAGAAGUCCUUAAGUGGAAUUUAACCGUUUUUAUUCUUUCACUUUGUAUUUAUUUAACACUCGAGAACUUCACUCCAUGACACUGUUUUCUACGUUUGAAUGUACCAGAGUCAGUUCGCCAUGUCGACAGUGCUGUGUAAAUGUGUAAUAUAAAGUACAGUUAUUGUGCGAGGUGUUCUUGAAAUACCAUGUCUCCUUCUUUAAAAAGCCAAGUAGAAAAGUGCCACAGAAACCUUAAACCCGUUGGAUUCUGUCGUUGUGUUGCUGUUCUGAAUGUGAGCGUUGGUUUGUAUUUACUCCUUUACCCUCAAAGUGGCUGUUAUCAACACUGUGAAGCAUCAGUCGCAUUUUUACCAAUCUAAGAGUUUCUGUUGUUUAGUUUUUUUUAUUUAUAAUAAAUAAAAUGAGCACUGAAGCUGAAAA